AAAAAAAAAAAAGAAGAAAAGACGGCAAGAAAGAAAGAAAAAUGCACCCAAGGAAAAGCUCUUCGUCUCUCUCUCCAAUCCUAGUCGGUAAUUGCGAGGUUUUGAUUGACGCGAACAAGUACAGUUGCAACUCUGAUUCCAACAGCCUCCAAAUCUCUAUUUCAAAAAACACAAAUAUUAAAAUCUCGGUGAGGGAAGAGAUGAAUACAAAGUCUGGUAAUGACCUUUUGCCCUCAAAAUCUGAAGGAAAAGGUGAGGAAGGUAGAUGUUCCGCUGCCAAAAAUAAAUAUAUGGUUGUUCUUGUUAAUCCUAAAGAUGUUGAUGGUGCUACAAAAUCUUAUCUUCAGGAAGCGCUGAAGUUAUUCAAUGGGGAGUUACCAACAAUGAAUUAUGCUGCAAAUACGGGAAAGCAGUCUAUGUUUCUUGAAAGAUGUUUGUCAAAUGGGAAAUACUGCACAUUGCUUCUGAAGUAUAAGCCUUUUGAAGAGUUUGAGGAGGUUAUAGCGGCAAUCACUUAUCAAAUCAUCCCUGCUGACACACAGUUUGCUGAGAUCCCUCUUGCUGCUGUUAAUUCAAUCUAUCAGCAUAAGGGUUUUGGUCGCUUCUUGUAUAUGGAAUUGAAGAAGAGACUUCAGAGUGUUGGCAUUCGCACAAUAUUAUGUUGGGGUGACGAGGAAUCUGAAGGUUUUUGGCUUAAACAGGGCUUUGUAUCAAUAGCAGAAGUGGACAAAAAGGGUAGAGCUCGGAGGCUUCCUAUUAAGGCUGAUAUACGUAAAGCACUAUGCUUUCCUGGAGGUUCAACCCUUAUGGUUUCUCAUCUUAGUAAAGAUGCUUCAGCUGCAGGAGAAUAUCUGAGCUUUUCUUAUCCACUAAAGCUUUAUGAGAAGUCUCAAUCCUCAGCUCCUGAUAAAUCUUUAGGUCAAAAAGCAGCCAAUGUUGCUGCCAAGCAGUGUUCUUGUUCCUCCCAAGGUGCAAAGAGGAAGGUUUGGGAAGCAUCAUUGUCCUCUUUGAAGACAAAAAAAGUGAAGGGAACUCAUGAAAUUGACAGUCAUCAAAACGGCUGUCAGUUAGAUUCUAACAGGCGUAUAAUCGCAGAUAGUGACAGAUAUGGUUCUUGGCUUGAUCGGUGCUCCGUUUCAACAGAUAAAUCAUUGGUGGAAGUUACUCCUGGAGUUUCUUUGAUUAAUAAUUUCAUGGAAAGUGAGGCUCAAGAAGGUAGACCAAAUUGUAUGACACCAGAAGCACUAGCCACUAAAGAACUUCAAUCAAAUAGAGAUUGCUUUAGAAUUAUGUUGAUGAAUAUUGCUGAUGAUACAAAGAAAACACAUCUUACAAAGGUAAUUGAAAACCUUGGUGGCACUCCAACCUCUGAUGGAAGGAUAAGCACACAUAUUGUAACAGGAAAAGUGAGAAAAACACUGAAUUUCUGCACUGCUUUCUGUUCAGGGGCUUGGAUAGUUUCACCGAGUUGGUUAAAAGAAAGCUUUACGGAAGGAAAAUUUGUGGAUGAAUUGCCUUAUAUAUUACACGAUGAAGAUUAUGUAUUGAAGUACAGAACUGAGCUAAAAGAUUCUAUUUUUCGAGCCAAAGCAAGGCCUGGAGCUCUGCUUAAAGGAUAUAAUUUAUGCAUCGCAGCUCAUGUUCAACCCCCUGUCACAACUCUGUCUGCCAUCAUCAGGUCUGCUGGUGGAAAUAUUAUCCGUGGAGUGGACAAAGUAAAAGAAGCAUCAAAAACAAUCUUCAUUGCGUGUGCAGAUGACAUGGAGGAGGCGUUAUCUGCUGUAAAGAAAGGAAUAUGGACUUUCAGCAGUGAGUGGUUGAUGAAUUGUGUCAUGAGACAAGAACUAGACUUGGAGGCUCCCCAAUUUGCAGAGUCCUUGUAAGGAGGUCUUAACUUACAAGGGUAAUUAUGGAAGGUAAAUUAGUACCGGCGAUUCUGUUUCCUGUCCCCAAUGA